AAGAUUUACGAAUUUUGAGCACAUACCUCGGCUAUUUAAUGAAGAUGGAGCAAGCAAAGGGUUUUCGGGUUGAAAAGAAGAGUUAUGAAUUUGGGGGACCUUUAGGAGUGAUAGGAAUUAUGAUUGGGACAUCAUUAAUUGUUAUUGAAUUAUAUCUUUUAUGUAAUGAAAAUGGAUGUAAAUUAUCAGUAGAAGGUAUUAGAAGUUCUUUUUUAUUGUUAAGAAAGUUAUGGGAUCCAAUUGCAAUAUUGAUAUAUACAAUAUGGUGGAUUCUUUUAAUUUUUUGUUGGAUAUUUAUUCCAGGAGAUAUUAAGAAGGGGAAUUAUCUUUAUAAUGGAGUAUGUUUAAGUUAUAAGAUGAAUGGAUUCUAUACAUUAAUUUUUGUAUUAAGUUGCUGUAUAGCAGGGUAUUUUUUGAAAGGGAUUUACUUUUUAGAAUUUGUAUGGGACCAUUAUCCAGGAUUAAUUACAAGUUCAUUAAUAUUUUCUGUAUUACUUUCAUUAUAUACAUAUGGAUGUAGUUUUAUUCCAGGUCGAUAUCUUUCAAAAACAGGUAAUACAGGGAAUUGGAUCUAUGAUUUUUAUAUGGGAAGAGAAUUGAAUCCACGUAUUGGAACAUUUGAUAUUAAAGAAUUUGUUGAAUUAAGGCCAGGAAUUAUUCUUUGGGUUAUAUUUAAUUUGACAUUUAUUGUUCAUCAAUAUAUUAGUUUGAAAGGGAAAAUUACAGAAAGUAUAUUUCUAGUUUGUUUGUUUCAAAUAUGGUAUGCAGUUGAUUCACUUUGGAAUGAAGAGCUUGUAUUAACGACUAUGGAUAUUGUAACUGAAGGAUUUGGAUAUAUGUUAUGUUUUGGAUCUAUUACAUGGGUUCCAUUUACAUAUUCACUUCAAGCACGAUAUUUGGCAUUCCAUCCUGUUUACUUGGAUAGAAUUGCAGUUAUAGGGAUUAUAAUGCUUCAAUGUUUGGGCUUUUGGAUUUUUCGUAGUGCAAAUCUUCAGAAAAACACUUUUAGAAAGAAUCCAAUUGCACCAAGUGUUCAACAUCUAACAUACAUAACAACUGAAAGAGGUACUAAAUUGAUUACAAAUGGAUGGUGGGGAAAGUCUCGCCAUAUAAAUUAUUUUGGCGAUUGGCUUAUGGCAUGGGCAUGGUGUCUUCCUACAGGAUUUCAAAGUCCUAUCACUUAUUUUUAUCUUGUUUUUUUUACUGCUUUACUAAUACAUAGAGAACGCCGUGAUAAUCACAAUUGUCAUUUAAAAUAUGGUAAAGAUUGGGAAAAAUAUUGUCAUAUGGUUCCUUAUAGAAUUAUUCCAUAUCUAUAUUAGAAAAAUAAAGUCUAAUAUAGAUCGAAAGAAUAAAAAUUAGCUUG